AACUAGCCGGUUUAGAGCAUGAAGGGCAUGUAAGCAUGAAAAUUGGUAUGUAAUGUAAGCACUAAGCAAGCACAUAAGACUUAUCGGAUCACCUGUAUGUAUCGCGAGUCACGCUAGGUGCAGACGUGAAGAAAAUAGAGAUAAACAAUCUCGACAAGUUUUUUAUGGCUUAAAAGCUGAAAUUGAUCUGGCGCCAUGGUCCAAGUCACUUGAGACUUCCCAAAGAAAUGUUUGCCGACAAUUCCACCGACUGCUUAAGCCACUAUCUCACUAGAAAAAGGUUACGAAAAAAUACGUAGACAAGCACUUGACUUCAACGGCCGACCUGGCGACUCGGCGACGCGACAGGCGUGUGCACCGGGCGCACUUUCGACUGAGCAAACUUUGACUUUGCCCGAGCCACGCCGCCUUAUCGGUGAAUGCGAGGUGACGAGCCGAGGGGUGCGCCGAGGGUCGCCACUCUGCCAAUCGCCCUCGUCUGAGUCUCUUCCUCCCUCCUCGGCCCGCCGACACCCAAACAGCCACCAUGGUCGCCUACAACGGAGAGUACAAGCUGGAGACGUCGGAGAACUUCGACGAGUACAUGAAGGCUGUCGGAGUGGGCAUGCUGACCCGCAAGGCGGCCGCCUCGGCCACGCCCGUGCUGACCGUGACCGUCGACGGCGACCACUGGAAGAUCAAGCAGGUGACCUCGUUCAAGACCCACGAGGAGGAGUUCACCAUUGGUGUCGAGCAGGAGAAGUCCACCCCCGACGGCCGCAAGGUCAAGUCGAUCGUCACCAAGGAGGGCGACAAGAUCAUCGACAAGCAGGUCGGCGACAAGACCUCCAUCAUCAUCCGCGAGUUCUCCGACGCCGGUAUCACCUCGAUCGCGACCGUCGACAACAUCUCCUGCAAGCGCUUCUACAAGCGUCAGUAACAUGUUGACUGCUGUGUACUCGCUCGACCUGGCAAGAUUGUCGGAAAUUGUGCUCGAAAUUCACAUCAUGAAGUACUUAAUACCGUUGUAGAAAUGUUGCACCGUGUUUUUGACCCCACGAUUGCCACUCGAGUGACCUUGGGUUGCUGUUCGUCCGGAGCGUCUUUCAGGUCGGGUCGUUGUGAUGCUCUUGUGCCAAUGUUGUGAUUUCUGUUGCACCUGUGUUUGUGGAUGAAUAAUAUACAGGCUGGGCGGUCUGCGCCAGCGCCACAAAUACGUUA